ACGAAUCCAUCCGAGUCUACUCGACGAGCUUCUCUGGCCUCUUUUUAACCGUUGAGAAGCAGUUGAAUAUGUCUGAUCCUCCUCGCUGAUCUGUCAACGUCUAGAUGGUCCGUCACGAGCAUCGUUCUUCCAUCCUCGCCAUGUCUCAAAUUGUGUCGCUCUCACUCUCUUCCAUGACCACCAGCGUAGAGAGAACGAUCUGUAUGGAUGCACAAUCAAAUCUCAUGCCAAUGCACUUGGCGCAGGAAGGCGAUGGACCGACAUAUCUCGUUGGUAACACUGUAAGUCUAAAAGGCAUUGUGUCUAUAGAGACAGCUACAAAUGUGAUAGCAUCCACCACACGGGAAUAUAGAAGCCAGGACUACUCGUAGGUUAACCUUUGUCUUGUGUCAGUCAUUUGGCUGGCCCGACGCUCAUACCCCACCCUCUUUUGGGCAUGACUCUUGUUUUCCAAGAAUAUCGACGAGGUCGAGGCCAUUACUGUCAGCAGUAACGGUUGCUACUGCUACGCCGCAAACUCAAAAUC